UUGGACUCAAAGGCAAAUGGCGGGCGUCAAGUUGGGGAGAGACAUGCUUUUAAAGAGGGGGGCCUGCUUUCUGCUCGGGUUAAGCUUAUGUGGAAUUACGCAGCUGCAGCCAAGCGCAAGCUGGCAGUCUGCAGGCCGUGUACGGCGUCCAUCUAGACCCGACAUCACAUGUCCUUUCGGGCUGUGUGUGCUGUGUGUCCCAUGGACGGGUGCCUGGAUCUGGGCUCCAGCCUCCGGGUCGUCGCAAAGAAGCGUCGUCAGCGCGCAUAUGACAGGGCCAGUGACGAUCUUUGGAGGGGCGUGGGGGAAGCGCAAAGCCUGGCCUGCGUCUUCGAGUUGCCACCGGGGAGUACGCUGGUCCGGCCUGUCCAUAGAGUUGGCAUUUCAUGGAUGAUGCUUGGCUUGAGGCAGCCCAGAGUGAACGACACACCCGCACGUUUGGACCCUCUCAGUCAUCCAUGGAUGCGGCGAGAAUAGCUACGAUUAGGUACAGCAUUCUCGGCUGUGACUCGCAUCGGAUAGCAAAGCCGAGACCAAUAGAGCGACUCGGCCCAGUCUCUAGGGCGGAGAUACUUUGGAAAAGCAGAGGGAAAAGGAAAGGUGAUCCCAAGUUGCAUGGACGCAAAAACCACUGCGACGGAGAAGAUCCGAUGAAUGACGUCGACAGCUCGGCUUAGCACAGCCUCAUUCUUCCUUGGAGGCACACCUUUUUUUCAAGCUUGUCGAUUCGGAUAGCGAGACAUAAUCGUUUGCUUGGCUCGCAUGACGAAGCGUACGCGUAUGUAGUGAGAGGGACGCUUGUCUUCCAAUCAAGUACGACGAGGCCCGCCAAGUUGGUUCCAGGGAGGGAGAGAGGUGG